CCUACAGCGCUCCGGUUUUAACAGAUGACCGAAGAGAAGCUGGGGAUCAGUUGCAGGCAUCUCAGGAAUUCAUAAAGAAAUCUGCUAAUUUUCUGUUUGUCAAACACGACAGCUCACAGAACGAGUUUAAGCAGUGAAAUUGAAAACAGUGUUUGAAUUGCUGAGCCACAAGUUCCACAUCCUCUUGGGGUAUAUUGAUGCUGCAGCGCAAAUUAUUACUCAAACAAGAUUCGUCCGAUAUCGCCAUAAAAACCUGCUCAGCCCAAAAAGAUGUCCGUUCAAAGAAGACAUGCCAUGAUGAUUUAUUUGUAUCUGUUACUCAACUUCGUUCUGUGUGAGGAAGUCACCCCACUGAUAGGGAGAAUCAUAACUCCCGAAGGCGGGACAGAGGCCAGGGAAUACCAGUGUGUCGCCGAUGCCAACUCCGCACCAACAAGCUUCGUGUGGAGAUACCAGGGCCAGGCCUUGCCUGAUGGUGUGAGACCCGAGGGGGACAGACUGCACUUCCUCGAGUUGAACUCUGACCUUAACGGCGAGUAUAGCUGUGAGGUCACAAACCCAUAUGGGACGGCUGUGUACUCCAUAUAUCGCCACAUAGUUGACCCCGACGACACCCACAAUGAACUUUGACUGCUGCCCUGAUUUGUCAUUGUGGCUUUCUCUGGACCUGGCUGAAGAAGUCCAAAGUAUCAUGUCUGGCUCAAGUCUGGCUCUGGCUUGUAAUAUACUAGACUUCACAUGCAUAUACUUUCAUUCAUAUACUUGCUUUAUGCAUUAUUUAUUUAUCUUUGAUAUUCCAUCCAUUGCAAGCAGCUUCUUAGCCAAAUCCCAGUGCACUUGAGUGAUGUUAGAACAUACACACCUUCCUCUAUAAUGAGAGGUAUCCAUGAGUGCAUGCACAACUCAAAAUAGAUUGGCUACAGUAAAUAGUGAAAAAUGAAAAAUAUAAGCAGCCUCAUGUAAUGCACAGUAUGGUGUAUGAAUAAUGACAAUGUUAUAUAAUCCUAUAUAUUUGUAAGUUACUUGAAGUCAUUGCUCUUUGUCAUUUGCUCUUUGCCGUUUUGUGCUAUUGCAUUUCAAUAAAUAAAGGAUUUAUUUAAGUGGUCA